CGGCGGCGGCGGCGGCUGGCGCCGGAGCGGGGCCAUGGCCGGGAUCCUCUUCGAGGACAUCUUCGAUGUGAAGGACAUCGACCCCGAGGGCAAAAAGUUCGACCGCGUGUCCCGCCUGCACUGUGAGAGCGAGUCCUUCAAGAUGGACCUCAUCCUGGAUGUGAACAUCCAGAUCUACCCUGUGGACCUUGGUGACAAAUUCCGCUUGGUCAUUGCCAGCACCUUGUACGAGGACGGCACCCUGGAUGAUGGGGAGUAUAACCCCACAGACGAUAGGCCUUCCAGGGCAGACCAGUUUGAGUAUGUGAUGUACGGCAAGGUGUACAGGAUCGAAGGAGAUGAAACAUCCACAGAGGCAGCCACACGCCUCUCUGCCUACGUGUCCUAUGGGGGGCUGCUCAUGCGGCUGCAGGGAGAUGCAAACAACCUGCAUGGGUUUGAAGUGGAUUCCAGGGUUUACCUGCUGAUGAAGAAGCUGGCCUUCUAGAGGAGGAUGCAUCUGUCUUGCCUCCAUGAGCUUCCCCAGAGACAUUUUGCUGGCAAGUAAACAGGAUCCCCAUGACCCUGAUUCUUGCCCUAGCAUCCGUGCUCCCUGGUCUCUCCAGUGCUGGUGGAGGAGGGGGACAGUCUCUCCUGGUCCUUUCUGACUCUUGCUGGGAGUUGCAGCCCCCUUCCACAUGGAGAGAGGAGCCUGACAGCCAAGCAGAGGCCAUGCUGGGCGCUCUGCGGUCCUGCUGGCUGGUAGUCUCUUCUCGCCUCUUUCUGAACUUCAGAAUCAAGCUCAGCCCCAGCCCUGGUCAAGGGCAGCUGGACUGGGUCAGCCAUGCGUCUGCAUUGGGGCCGGGAUCCUUAUCUGAGGAGCCAUCCUGAGACAGGCCGGCUUGUUCUUGAUUAAAGCGUUCAGGAUGUGUUUUCUA